AUGGCUCCCCUCACCCUCCUACGGCUCGCUGUCUUAGCGGGAUGCUUUGUGUCACUUACCCAUGCCAUCCUCCCCGACGGUCGUCCUCAUGCCAAUUUUAGGCCACCGCCCGCCAUACCCCGCGCACCUAUUCCUGCAGCCCCAGUCGUCAGCCGAAACGGCGACGAGUUGCCACCAUACAACACCACUUACAUCUUCGACCAACUCAUCGACCAUAAGAACCCCGAGCUCGGGACAUUCAAACAACGUUUCUGGCAUACCUGGGAAUUCUACAAGCCUGGUGGUCCAAUCAUAUUCAUGACUCCUGGCGAGUCUAACGCACAAGGAUAUGUCGGCUACCUCACUAACACCACCAUCAAUGGCAUACUCGCCCAACAAGAGAACGGCGCGACCAUCAUCUUAGAACAUCGUUUCUUUGGCUUAAGCAACCCCAAACCCGAUCUCAGUGACGAAAGCCUGAAAUUGCACACCAUCGAACAAGCGAUCGAGGAUAUCGACUAUUUUGCGCGGAACGUGAAGCUCCCCAUGCCCGGAGGUGACCAGGUGCAACCUGGAAAGGCGCCGUGGAUCAUGAUAGGAGGGAGUUACCCUGGUGCACUGACUGCUUAUGCUAUGGUCGCCAAACCCGAUUUGUUCUACGCCGGACACUCUUCGUCUGGAGUCGUUGAGACCAUCCUAGACUACUGGAAAUACUUCGAGCCCAUCCGCAACCACAUGCCUCGUAACUGUUCUGCGGACGUCCAAGCCGUUAUCGCACACGUUGAUGAAGUCUUUGGCGGAGACAACACAACCGCUAUUGACGAGCUGAAAGCGAACUUCGGAAUGAGCGGCGUCAAGCACGUCAAAGACGUCGCCGGUGCAUUACGAAACAAUCUCUGGGAUUGGCAGGCCUUGCAAAUCACAUCCGGGCCCAAUACCGCGUUCCGAAGGUUCUGCGACGCCCUCGAGGUGAAAGACGGCGAAUCCGCUCCCGAAUCCGGCUGGGGCCUCGAACACGCGCUCAAAGCCUGGGGCGAUUACUGGAAGAACGGCUACCUGUGGGGAAUUUGCGGUGGUUGGGACGUAGACGCCUGCCUUACGACCCAUGACCCCAAGUCUUCGUGGUGGACCGACACCCGAAUUGAUAAUUCCUGGCGUUCUUGGUGGUGGAUCGUGUGUAACGAAGUCGGUUACUUCCAGAACGGGGCCCCCGCGGGAGAACCGACUAUCGUCAGUCGGAUCUUCGGCGUCGAAGACGAUCUUCGGCAAUGUGCCUUUGCGUUCCCCCAGCGCUUCCCCGAAAUACCAUCCACCGUCGACGUCGAGAAGAUCAACACGGCUUAUGGCGGAUGGGACGUCCAAAUCGACAGAAUCUUUUUCGCCAACGGUGCUCGCGACCCUUGGCUCGACGCCACCAUGUCCGCGACCGGCCUGGACAUCCCCAGCACCGAAACGCAGCAAAUCGGGCUCAUGGCCAGUGGAUUCCACUGCUCCGACCUGAGCGCCAGGUCAGCGAUAGACCCCACCGUCGCAGAGGUGCAGCAGCAGGCCCUCGCUGCGUUCAAAACGUGGCUGUCAACGUGGGAGCCCUCUGAGGCAGAGGAGUUCGUUGCCCCGAGUAUCACCCCGACGAUCGACAACAGAGUCGUCCCCGAACGGGUUGUUGAGGGGAAGCCACAGAAUGGUUGGUUUAGGUCUUUCGGCCUCUUCUGA